CAGUCCACAAUUGAGUUGUGUCCCUCACUUUCCCUCUGGUUCUGGCGAGUCCUCUCCACGCCAUGAAAUGGGAGAUGGAGAUCGAAGAGAUCGAAGCCGUGCUCGAGAAAAUCUGGGACCUCCACGACAAACUCAGCGAUGAGAUUCACCUCAUCUCCCGCUCUCAUUUCCUCAAUUCCAUCAAAAACUCGUCGAGAUCGGUGAGGAGAAAGGUUUACGGUGAAGAUUCCGGCGAUGAGAAGCGAAAGGGUUACGUCUUCGUCAAGGGAUUCAGUCUCGAUGACAGCGAUUCGGCGAUUCAAGAGGCGAAGAGUCUGAACGCGAUACGCACCGCUCUCGAGAACCUCGAAGACCAGCUUGAGUUUUACCAUACUAUACAUACACAGCAGCGAGCCGAGAGAGAUGUUGCAAUCGCACGGCUUGAGCAAAGCCGGAUUGUUCUGGCAAUGAGAUUGGCUGAACACCACGGCAAGAAAUACAAAGUCCUGGAAGAAGCUUCAGCCUUUGUGGGAAACAUAAAAACGGCUAACCACUUCGUAUCUCCUGAAAACCUCUACCAUCCCACUCUGAAUCCAUCCGGUGCCAAGUCUGCCCCAUCCGAUGGAAAACGGUCGAACAUACUUAUCAGUGCCCUCUCCUCGAGUUUCGAUUUCGCCAAAAGGGCAUUGCAGUCCGACCAUGUGAGAGGGGUAUUUGGGAAUGCUGCUAUAUUCGCCAUUAGCAUGAUCACCAUGUUGCACCUUAACCGAGUAGCUACCGGGGAACAUCAUUUGCGGAAGAAAGAAGACAAUUUUUACAUGACCCAGAGGAAAACAUGCCGAAGAGAGGCAUCCUCUGCUGAUGGACGCUUGGACCAGUUGGAUGUGUUGAUGGCUCGGGGUUAAGGCCAGUGAUCUGACUCCUUAGUGUCUACUCGUGUGACGAAGAUAACGUUUCGGGCAACGGAAUAAGAAAACAAAAAAGGGAAAGCAGUAACAAAAGAGAUGAGAUCUCUCUUCCAUUCUCCCAAGACAGUGUCUCAUGAUCAUCUGCUUCUAUAUAUAUAGAGAGCGAAGGAUAAGAAUUCAGAUUCAGAGGCAUAUCUUGGAGUUUUCUGGACUGUGGUGAUGGUCCUCUCCAUGAGGUCAGUCUGCGUCUUCUGAUGCAAAUAACGUUUCCUUCUCCUUUAAAUUUGUCGUUCGUUUGUUUGUUUGUUGAUUGAAGAGUGGUAUAAAUCAUCUUUGUAAUCACAGUUUCAGUGUUAGAUUUCGGUGUAAACAAACAGAUCGUUUGUGUAUUCAGUUGCCACUUUUGAGAGAGACUUGGAAUCAAAAUAUGAUCAAUUUGACUGA